GAAUGUGUUCCGGACGGUUCCUGAAUCACGGUUAAAUCAUGUCUUCCGUUGACGGUAAAGUAGACCGGUAGAGUGAGCCGAGAGGAACUGUCUCAGUUGGUGUCUCUGUGAACACAAGACAUCCAGCAUAUCCUCUCCCGUUGAGUAGUUGGAUUGCAACAGAGGGCGCAUGCAGACCAUCGGGCGGUGCAUUCUUAGCUGGGGACUAAUUUUCUAUCCUCCACUUAGCUCUGGGUAAACAGCACCGCCCCGACGCUUGUUUGUUUUAAGUGUCGAACGAUCCAUCGCGCAGCGCCGGGCUCGAUUGACACUGUCUGCUGAUCUGCUACUGCGGAUUGCUCAGAAUAACACGGCUGCUCGCUAAUUCCCGUCUAUCGGGGCUUUCGCCGAAACACCGAGAGAGUAUAGGGUCCAAAAAAAAAGCCAACAAGGCAGGCAAUAACGCCGCGCCGCCGGAGUCCGCACCCCACGAUGGCUUCAGGAGACCUUUACGAGGUGGAGCGGAUUGUGGACAAGAGGCGGAACAAGAAGGGUAAGUGGGAGUACCUGAUAAGGUGGAAAGGUUAUGGAAGUAAGGAAGACACAUGGGAGCCAGAGCACCACCUUCUGCACUGCGAGGAAUUCAUUGACCAGUUCAACAGCUUGAGACUGCACUCGCACAAACGCCACAAGGUUCCAAAAAACCGCCAAGAGCUCCUCAUCACCAGCCAGCCAUCUGCUACAGAAAACUCCAGAGCUCGGUCUGAGGCCCGAAAGAAGAAAAGGACUUGUGGCCCGGCUGUUGGGGUUAGAGUCGGAGCUGUUCUAGGGAUUGGAAGUGGAGGCUCAGGACCCACUCAGAAGCAGAGGAAGGUGGGUGUUGGACCUGGGAAACAUGCUUUAGGGGACAGAAUUGGCAAAGUCAUGACGUAUAAGGCUCCUCCAACGGGAGGGCCUCACUUUGUUCCUCCUGUGAGGGUUCCUCAUAACGGACUCCAGAAUGGAGAGAUGGAUCCUCUCAUGUACAGGACUGCAGCAAGGUCCCACAGACUGCCCUCUGACCGACUGGAUAGAGAACUAGGAGGCAUGGAUACCACUGGACAGAAGUUCACCGCUGAGCUAGGCUCCCCUCUGGCCAACGGCAAGAUGCAUCUACACAGCUCAGUAAAGCGGAAGUUGGCCGAGGAGAAAGGCUACGCGUUCGACAAGCGGCUCCGGUACAACGUGCGACAGAACGAGAGCAACUGUCGAUUCCGAGAUAUCGUGGUCAGGAAGGAGGAAGGCUUCACGCACGUCCUGCUCUCCAGCCAAACAACAGACAACAACGCUCUGACACCAGAGAUCAUGAAGGAAGUGUGUCGAGCCCUAGAUAAUGCAGCUGCUGAUGACAGUAAAUUAUUAUUGCUCAGCUCCGUGGGGACACUUUUCUGCAGUGGCCUGGAGCCCUCGUACCUGAUUGGCCGUCUGUCCACUGACCGCAGAAAAGAGAGCAGCCGCAUCGCAGAUGCCGUACGGGAGUUUGUGUUGGCAUUCAUCCACUUCAAGAAACCCAUUGUGGCAGCAAUAAACGGACCUGCUCUGGGCUUAGGGGCCUCCAUCCUGCCCCUGUGUGAUGUGGUGUGGGCCAGUGAGAGGGCCUGGUUCCAAACUCCAUGUGCAGCGCUCCACCUCACCCCCUCUGGAUGCUCCUCUUACACCUUCCCACAGAUCCUGGGCGUAGCUCUGGCCAACGAGAUGUUGUUCUGUGGAAGAAAACUCACAGCACAAGAAGCAUGCAGUCGAGGUCUGGUGUCGCAGGUCUUCUGGCCGACCACAUUUAACCAAGAAGUGAUGCUGCGCGUGAAGGAAAUGGCAUCAUGCAAUGCAGUGGUUUUGGAAGAAUCCAAAUGCCUGGUGAGGAGUAUCCUCAUGUCAGUCCUGGAGGAAGUGAACGAGAAAGAGUGCCAGAUGCUGAAGCAGCUGUGGUGUUCAACCAAAGGACUCGAGGCCCUCUUCAGUUACCUGCAGAACAAGGCGUAUGAGAAGUGAGCAUCCACACCCGGAAAGCUGAAUCGAUGUGGGACAAAGGUUAUCUACAGACGGAUAUCCAGGAUGACAACGGCGUGAUCUCAUACUAAAGGAAUAGUUGCAUUAAGGGUCUUUUGUUUCCAUCCAUCGGCAGAGGGGAUUCUCUGGAGUUCUGUUUGCUUACAUGUCCACCAACAACAACUUCAUUAACUUCUUCCUUUGUCAUCAACUUGUAUUUUAUAUUUAUUGGACCCAGAACUGUCCAGAUGUUUAUUCUAAGAGCAAAAGGGCCAAAUGUGCAUCGCUUAAAUAAACACUGACCGAGGUUGUUCAGGGAGGUACAGAGUGUUUCUGUACAUAUGCGUGACGGAUGUGUUUAUGAAAUUAUCAGGAGGUAUGAAAUCAAUGUAUAGCACGUGAUAAUAUAUAUUAAUAUAUAUUUGUUUGAAGUGUGUAAAAGAGUAACUUUCUGAAUAUAAGGGUUUUCUUUAGUUGCUUUUUGUUUUGAGCUGAAGUGUAAAUCAAAGUUUGCAUGAGGAUGCUGUUUCUUGCUCCUUACGUGCACAUUCCAUCCUCUGUGGACAGAAGAAACCCGGCCCCAGAUGCUCUCAUACUACGUGCUCAUUCAUGUCACUGGAUCACAUUCGGUGACUGUUUGGAAUCUCAUGAAACACUGGAUAAUUGUUCUUUUUCAUCACACUAGUCAUAGUUCAUACAUUUAAAGUCUUUAUUACAUGUAACCGACAUCUUGUUUGCCAGUAAAUUUGUUAUCAUUAUCAUAAUCACCAUUCAUUUGCUUCUGUUAUAUGAAACCAAGAUGAAUGCCCAUGUACUAAUGAGACCGUCUGGUGAUUAGUGCAUAAGUACAUAACAUAUCCUCCUGUUGUCAACAUCCCUCUGUCUUUAGUUAUCAACUUCAACAAAAAAACACAAGCGUUAGAUUCAUCUUUUAUUCAUACAAAUUAAAUAUCAUUUAGGUUGGGACUUUUCUCUCAAGGGAGACUUGAGAAUUGAAAUGCAGAUCAGAACGCUAAGUGGAAAUGCAGAACGCUGGAAGCCUCACGGGAAUGCCAGCACUAAAUAUACAAUUGUGUCCAUUCUUAAUCAAGUGGCAUUUUAUGUUGAGUACAAAGUGACUUUAGAUGAUUCAAUUAAAGUACGACAUGGAAGGAUCGGUAAUGGAUUGUAUCCCAUGAAGUUUCAGCUACAUAUAGUAGCUGUACAUGCAGCGCUGUGGUGGUUCAUGUAUGUUUUACAUGGCUUCUAGUUAUCGAUGCAGAUAGUUAUUGUGUGAUCAUCAUCUUGAUAUUACCUGACAAUUAUUUCUUAGUUGUUUUUUAGAGCGCUCAGACGUGAUGAUAAUCCUCAAGUUAAUCACAUUGUGACUACACUUAUUAUCAGUGUUCUAUAUUGUGGAAAUGCAGCCGUCCAGUCGUGUAGCUGGAGUCAACUUUAUCUGCAUGUGAUGAUUCAAGAGUUAAAGAAAUUGUGUAUUGCAUUGUGCAUUAUAAGUAGGGAUCUAGUUUUAUUUUUUUUUUUACUCCAAAGAAAUGUAGAUCUGUGAAAAUUGUUUUGUAAAAAUCUGAAUAUUUGUCCAUUUUUGCAGUGGUACACAUGCAGCACAGAAUAAUAUAUAGACUAUGUGUUACUAAUUGCAUGUAACAUACUGUACAUAUAGAUGUGUUGCCUGCCUGGAUACCAGGGUAUGUUUUGUACAAACAUUGUAAGUAUUGUUAGAAAUGGUGCAGUAUAUUUUUGUAUUUAUUAGAGAUAACCGUUUGGAUGUGCAGUGCCACGUGGUUUCCUUUGCUCCAGAAGCGCCCCGGCUCUCUUCAUCACCAUUUCUAAAUUACACCAUAAAAUCUUUGAUGGACAAACUGGGUCAGAUCAUUUAUACCUAUAUAAUUUCAAAACCCAAAUGUGUAAACACUGUCACUUGAAUGUUUACCUUUUCAUUUGACAUUUUCAGAUGAAGUAUUUAGUUGUAAAUUAUCAAAACCAUGUCAGAUAAUUUAACGUAUAAUAUUGUAUUUUACCGAGCUUUAAAAGUUGAACAGAUGAUCAAUGAAAUGUUUGUUAUUGUAUUUCAGAACUGACAAUUUCACGCAUAUUGGAUCAUUACUGCUCCAUCGGGUUGUUUAAUGAUUUUCUGUCGUCCGUUUUAUUUGGGUGAAAGGAAUAGUUGCAAUGGUUUGAUGAAGCAUUUAUCACAUUUAGGUCAUUGAGUACACAACUAAAAAUUUUUUUUUUUUUUAAACACCUUCACUUCAUGAAAAAUAAAAUCAUUUGUGGUUGCAUUUUAGUGCGCCUGAAGUUGUAAUUUAUCUGAACUUGCCAGAUCUAUAAUCACCUGAAGAAACUAACAGGCAGUUUGGCGACCAAAGACUAUAGGUUUAAAUAAUCUCUCAGUAGUUGUGAUUAUUUUGUUUUUUUUUACAAGAGGGGUUCCUACAUCUGCUUGUACAACUAUGUUCCUUUUCUGUUGGAAUCACACUUGGUAUUAAGUGUGAUUUACCAACAGAAAAGGAAUAUAGUUGUAUAUACUGUAGUUAUAUAGGGCCACAAAAGCUCUUGCUUGGCUUUAGGGUCCCAAGAAGAGGCGAGAGUGACCUGUUUAAUGUGGCCACAGAAUGUACAUUUCUCAGGUCCACUGAGCGUUCAUCGCUGAUCCUUUAACACAUGGGUCUGUAUGUAUUUAUUAAUUUUAGUUAGUAUGUCAAAUAUUACAAAUUAUAUUCAGUGUGUCACCUGAGAUGUCAAAUGCAUUUAUUUACUUGUUUUGAACUCUUAGUUUCUGUUAUCCAAAUUCCCACCUCAGCAUGUUUGAAGUGUGCUUGAAAUUUGAAGUAAAUAAGCUAUAACUAAAAAAAAAAAAAAACUACUCAUUAUUGCUCAAUGAUUUAUUGCAAAUGACUGUGGUUUUGACCUGUUUCUGUGUUUCGUCUUUUAUAAACACAUUGUGUGUGGUCUUAUGUGUUUCAUCACUCAUGCCCCCCCCCCUCCCACAUUGUCUCAAAGCACACCUUGGGGUGCCUUACAAUUUAAAUAUAUGUCAAAGAUUGAUCCAUACAUUGUGAUGGGUAGAGUGAGCUGCUUCAAAUAAAGAAA